CAGCUCCGGUUGACAUUUCGAUGUGGCAGAUAACAAAUCACCCGAGAAGAGUUCAGAUAAAUUCGGUCGCAGUGUUUUUCUAUAUUUCUACAUCCUAAACGCAAGGGAAAUUGUGAUUCCGCCUAACCAUCAUGACGAAUCUUCAAAGGUGGCUACUUUACGCUGGUUUAUUCCUAGUGCCCUACUUGUCGGUGGUUUCCGGCGUAAUACAAUCCAAAUUUCUGACAGAAAGAAUGUUUCAGAUAAUCAUGUUGCCGUUCGUUUUGGUGGCGCUUUUUGGGGUCCAUUCUCUUGUGACCAUCCUGUACCGAGUAUUCACUUUGAGCGACUGCACGGAGGCUGCCCAGGAACUGCAGAAGCAAAUUAAAGAGGCGAGAGAAGACUUGAUAUCGAAAGGAUUCAAGUUUAGGGAUUAGUUUUAGGCAAAUGUUCUAUAAGCUAUUGAGAGUGAUGUAUUUUGUUUACGUUGUGUCGAAAUAAAAAUUUCUAUUUGUAACUGUAAAA